AUGGAUACGGUCUAUGCCAUUGUUACCGUUGCGGCAUUAUUGAUAUCAUUCGCAGUCUACAGAAGCAAUGAUUCACGCAACCGGCGUCUCCCUCCAGGUCCCAAGAGGCACCCUCUCAUAGGCAACUUAAUGGAUAUGCCUCGUGGCUUAGCCUGGAUACAGUACGCGAAGUGGUGUCGCGAACUCUCGUCCGAUAUCAUUCAUCUUAGCGUGGGCGGCCAGUCAAUCGUUAUUCUGGACUCUGCGGAAGUUGUUCAUGAGCUGUUGGAAAAGAAGUCGGCGAUCUACUCUAGCAGGGCUCAAUUAACAAUGUUGCACGACUUGAUAGGGUGGAAAUAUACCUUUUCAUUUGCACCCUACGAUGCGAUCUGGAGAGAACAGCGGAAGAUUUUCACAAAAGUCAUCAACCCGUCCAAUCCGACACUUUUCCAUUCAAAGCAACUGGCUGCAGCGCAUGAUCUGCUCGAGCGACUUGCAGGCACCUCAGAUGUUAUGGAGGCCCUACAUCAUUGGUCAGCAGUCCUGAUCAUGGACAUUACAUAUGGGAUCAGCGGCGAUGCUGCCGACCCCUACAUUGCCACUGCCAUACAGGCGCUCGACUCUUUGGCAAUCGCUGGCACGCCUGGUGAAUUUCUUGUAGAUACCAUCCCUCUCUUACGUUACGUGCCAGAGUGGUUUCCAGGUGCCACUUUCAAGAAAAAGGCGCGUGUAUGGUACAAGCUGCGACAGGACAUGACAGACAAGCCUUAUCUGACUGCGAAGAAACUUAUUGCAUCCGGCACAUAUGCUCCCUCAUUAGUGUCUUAUGCUUUGGAGACUCUGGAUCAUGCUUCAGAUGUUACAAUGCAGGAAGAUGUGAUAAAGGGGGCUGCGGUGACCAGCUACGGAGGUGGCUCUGAUACCGUCGUAGCAGCCAUGUCUGCGUUCAUUCUUGCUAUGCUCCUUCAUCCCGAUAUUCAGGCUCGGGCACACCAUGAAUUGGAUACAGCUCUAGGACCAGAUGAUUUACCAACAUUUGACGACGAAUUCCGUCUACCUUACAUCUCCGCAUUGGUGAAAGAGGUCUUAAGGCACAAUCCAGUAACACCGUUAGCUAUCCCCCAUUAUCUCAUCGAUGAUGAUACACAUGCCGGAUAUUGGCUACCGAAGGGCUCCAUCGUGAUCGCAAAUGCAUGGUCUAUCCUACAUGACGAGAAAACAUAUCCCGAUCCCUUCGCGUUCAAUCCUGGACGCUUUCUAGAUGCCGACGGUCAGUUGGACCCCGCAGUAAAGGAUCCUGCAACAGUGAGCUUCGGGUUCGGUAGGCGAGUAUGUCCUGGCCGGCAUGUUGCCAUCGCGUCGAUCUGGAUCACUGUGGCAAGCAUCCUAGCAAGAUAUGAAAUUACGAGAGCUACGGAUUCCAACGGAAAACCAGUGGAGGUUUCUGGAGAAUGGUAUACGGGCUCCACUCUCUUCAAUCGCCCUCUGCCGUUCACGUGCGCGUUCAAACGUCGCCAUUCCUCUCCAAUGACUGUGGCGUAGGUCGCAAUAGAUGCAACGCGAGCCUGCCGCUCAGCGGUCUCUCUUACUUAGACCAAUUGUACAUCAACGAUAUUCUGAGCAAUUGAGUC